AUGAUUCUCAUAGACCGAAUACCAAUCUUUGGUGGCGUUAUUUCCAGUUCGACUGAAUCCGCGUUGAGUGACUCGGACGCGUGGACAGCAGCGGCCUCUUGGUAUUCAAAACAGGAUGCCCCACUUUCGAGGUACAUCAACGAGCUCACGUUGCAAAUAAACGAAUCCAGGGUACGGCCCGGUGACUAUAUAAAGGGUCGCAUCAUCUUUGACGUUGCAAAACCGCUUAAUGGCAUGAACUCGCAGAACCUGAUUUUACUGGAGGAUCGUAGAGACCAGCGAAGAAGAGCUCGGGUGCUCGGUCAUCGUGAAUUUGAAGUCAACAGCGAGCAAGUGAUGGACAAGAAAAUAAGACUACCACCUGGACGACAGGCGAUGCGCUUCUGCAUACGUGUACCUGAGGAUGAAUUCCAUAGCUUCACCUACGUGUCACCAACGGAUGGCUCAACUAUUAUAAACCAUAACUCCAUAGAGACUACAGCAAGGGUGAACGGAAUUACUGAAAGCACGAACAGACUGACUUUUCACGUCCUCAGCGUCAACGACUUCGAGGGACCCAUCGGCCUUGUUGACAGUAACAAUUUUAUCCCAAGAAAGUUUGUGAGACGCACGGAUGGACUGUCCUUUGCGUUGGCUCAAACAAGCGACGGCUACUAUCCCCAAUAUGAGAACAUUGAGGCUGUUGUGCUAAGGCGGAUGAGAAUUCCUUUGACGGGAGAGGAGAAAGAAGAAAGAGUGACGCCAACGAUUACGCUACUGCCGCAGUCUUCACCUGCAGAAUCCUCAGUCGUUGGAGAGUACAGAAAGAAAACGCACAAUGCAAAAGUUCCUUCGAAGUUUACUCAAUAUUUUGAGAGAAGGGAUUUAAAGCUACCGCCUCUGCUACCUUCUGUGUGGUGCGAAGACUUUAUGUGUGAUUACUAUCUACGGAUCGAUGCCGAUGGAACCGCUUACGAAGCUCCCUUUGCCAUCAUUGAUAACUUCGAACCCAAAGCACAUAAUCACUGUCUCAAUCCAGAAACCGCGAAUGCCACAACAUUCAAGAUCGUCGGUCAACAGUUCUAG